CAAUCAUGAAGAGUGGCAACCUUCUUUAGGGAACAGCUGAUGCAAUAUCUGCUUCAAAGACGUAUACGACAAUUUCUAAAUAGAAUUCCCAAAAUUUUUUAUCUGCUCGGUCGUAUACGGUCAAUAGCAAUAUUUAGAUAAUACGGGACGAAGUGCUGAUGGUUAAGGAAACUAAUAAGGUGUUAGCUGAAAUAGUUUGAAGAAGAGUUGACAUGGAUAUGAUUGUGCAGGACCCGAAGAAUAUACCGCAGGAUUUAAUCGGUUGUGUUCAACCGGAAAAGCGGGUGAAAUUUGAGUCCGAUAUUCAAAAAUGGUUGCGCUCUGAAGCCUACCAUGACUUAAUUGGAUUCAUCAAUGGCAUUAGUACUGCAAUUCAGGGAAAGAAAGUUUCCGAUGACAUAUAUGUUUCUACGGAAAUGCAGAAGCUACUGGAUAUGUUUGAUAAAUUGAACGCCAUGGUCGAUGAGAUACCUCCAACUGAUCAACCCCAGAGAUUUGGAAAUAAGUCCUUUAGAGAUUGGUCGCGUAAAAUGAACCAAGAUAUAUUUGAAAUAUUGAGAAACUGUGUGCCUAAGGAUAAAUGUUCUCUUGUGGUUGAAUUGGGGUUCUAUCUCUCAGAAUCUUUUGGCAAUUCCGUUCGCAUUGAUUACGGAACGGGACAUGAACUUUCUUUUAUAUUUUUCUUGUGCUCGCUAUUUAAAGGAGGUAUUCUUGAGGAGCGGGAUAAUGUUGCCUGUGCCUUAAGACUUUUUAACACGUAUUUGAAGUUUGCACGACGUCUUCAAAAGACAUAUCGAAUGGAGCCCGCAGGCAGUCAGGGUGUUUGGUCUUUGGAUGAUUAUCAAUUUGUGCCAUUCAUUUGGGGUAGUGCUCAGCUUGCAGCUCAGAGUCCUACAACUCCUGACAAGUUUUUGGACGAGGAGAUUAUAAAUUCGCUGAAGGAUGAUUAUAUGUUUAUAGCUUGCAUAGAUUUCAUUAAACAGGUUAAGAAAGGCCACUUUGCGGAGCAUUCAUACCAGCUAUGGAGCAUAUCAGCUGUGCCCUCAUGGUCAAAAAUUAAUUCGGGACUUGUCAAAAUGUACGAGAAAGAGAUUUUGUCAAAAUUUCCAAUAAUUCAACACGUUUUGUUUGGAAAUUUGAUGUCAUUUGACGUUAUGAAAUCUGGAACAAUGAUACCAAGUGCUCGUUUGGGUUUCGUUCAACCGUCUGCUCCCGUUAAAAAGCCAUAUGUAGGUGAUUCCUUAGAGCCUACUACAAGCUCGGUGGAUUCGACUACCGUCACAGGACGUAAAUCUCUAAGCGCAGAGGAUAAUGCAGCAGUUACAAAAGAGCUAGAAUAGUAUGGUAAAGUUAUGUAAUUCAAUUAUAAAAUAUUUCUUUUUUGUUUUUUGAAAAAAUACAUAUUAUGUACUGGAAUAAUGCAAGAA